AUGUGGUUCGCGGAGACGCCCAGCAAGCGAUGGGCCGAGAAGUUCUUUCUUUACUAUUCGCCCGUUUGGAUCACAUGGGCCCUCGGGAUCAUCGUCCCGUUUCAGCUCUAUAAGCGCUUCACGGCGUGGGAGUAUCUGUGGGUGGGGCUUGCAGCAGCUCUGCCCUGCGUGCUCGUUCCACCAUUCAUGCUGUGUGCGGCCGACAAGGGGCGGCCGUGGCACGAGCAGCACUGGGUGAAGGCGAACGUGUGGAUCGCAAUCUUUAGCUUCGUGGGCAACUACUUUUGGACGCACUACUUUUACACGCUGCUCGGAGCUUCGUACACUUUCCCCUCCUGGCGCCUCAAUGAUGUCCCCUUCGCUCUCUAUCUGCUCACCCACGCCUAUUUCUGCUUCUAUCACGUCAUCUCCAACAUCACCCUCCGCCGCCUCCGCUGCUUCCUCAACUCCCCCUCAAGCACUCCCCGUUCCUCCUCCGUCAAACACCCCGUGAACUCUAAAUCCACACACUCCGGAAAAUCCAAACCCUCUUCCUCCUCCUCCCCCUCCUCUUCCGCCUCCUCCGCCUCUCGCUCUUCUGUGUUCUCCCUCGUUGUGCAAGGAGCGUGGGUUCUGGCUCUUGCUUACAUCACAGCGUUUAUGGAAACAGCAACAAUUGCAAACUUCGAGUACUAUACCUUUGUGGACAAGGCAGCCAUGUAUCGUGUCGGCACGCUCUUUUAUGCACUCUACUUUGUUGUCAGCUUCCCCUUCUUCUUCCG